UCUCCUUCUCUCUCUCUCUCUCACACACACACUCCUCAUUCCGCCGCCCUUUCUGCAGUCAUCAUGGCCGAGGCUUUCGUGGGCACGUGGAACCUGAAAAGCAGCGAGAACUUUGACGAGUACAUGAAGCUAUUAGGUGUGGGCUUCGCCACCCGCAAGGUGGGCAACCUGACCAAGCCCACCACCAUCAUCUCGCUGGACGGCGACAAGGUGACCAUCAAGACGCAGAGCACCAUCAAGAACACGGAGCUCUCCUUCAAACUGGGGGAGGAGUUCGACGAGACCACCGCCGACAACAGGAACGUCAAGUCGGUGGUGACCGUCGAGGACGGCAAGAUGGUGCACGUCCAGCGGUGGGACGGCAAAGAGACCACCCUGGUGCGCCAAGUGGACGGCGACGCCCUGACGCUGACGCUGACGCUGGACGACCUCGUUUGCAAGCGCUGCUACGAGAGGGCCGAGUGAGCGAGCCCGAAUCCCAAAGUGUCCACUCGCAUUUCUCUCAACAAUUGGGGGGGGGGAGGGGGGUACUAUUUGUUACACUCCAUGUGGAUGCCCCCCCCCUUUUGAGGACCUCUACUGUUAAAAACACUGAAAAUAUUGUUUUAUUUUGGCGUGUCCCUGUUUGAUGUUGUUUUUCCUUUCUUUGGAAAUGUGACGCGUGAGGUCCACUUUAAAAACCUGGAAGAGUUCAUUCAAAACUUGGGAAGUAAUAAAAAAAAAAAAAAAAAAAUAUCCCAAAUUGAGGCUAAAUAUGUGAAAGCGUCGUUUGUAUGAGUUUGUUCGUAAAUCCAAGACGCUGCCCGAACUGUCCACAAGAAGUCACCUCAACUACCAUCCAUCCAUCCAUUUUCAAAGCCGCUUAUCCUCACGAGGGUCGCGGGGAGUGCUGGUGCCUAUCCCUGAACUGGUCGCCAGCCAAUACAAACAGCCGCACUCACAAUCACACCUACGGGCAAUUUAGAGUGUCCGAUUAAUGUUGCAUGUUUUUGGGAUGAGGGACGAAACCGGAGUGCCCACCCGGAGGAACGGGGAGAACAUGCCAACUCCACAAAGGCGGGUCCGGGAUCGAACCCAGGACCUCAGAACUGUGAGGCUAAGCCUUUACCAGCUGAUCCACCGUGCCACCCUCUCAAAAAAAAAAAAAAAAAAAAGUUUCAAGUAAAAACUGCAAUAACAAAAAUUGUGUUUUUUCUAAAUAUCAAUAUAGACCAAUCGCUCACGAAGGUCCUCGUUGAAUUUUUCCGGGUUUUUUUCCGGUUUUCCGAAGACUUUCAUUCAGUCCGUUUUUCGGUACCACGAGUCAACGUGAAAACGAAAAGCUUGCGUCUCCAAAUUGCGGCCCACGCCAAAGCUGCUACGUCGACCUCCGAGCGGCCGGCCGGACAAAAAUAGCUGCCGUCAAAACAAAAGCCGCCACCUUCGAGUUCCCGUCCGAAGCGGCGUCAAUUCCGCAAAAAAAAAAAAAAAAAACGGGGAAGGUGUGUCGUCAUUCUCAGAAACGCUGGAGAAAAGUUUGCGUCUCCCGGUUAGUUACGCAACCUCCGUCUUUGCGUGUAUGUUUCAUUUCCGGGGACGAAAAGCCACAUCGCGUUUGCAGAGACGGCGAACGCGACAGGAAUUUGGCCCGACGCCUCCGAAGCGAGCUCAAGUGAGCCCGAGCGGACUUUCCGUGCCCAAAAUAACCGGCCGGCGGGUCCGUGCGGGCGUCCUGGCAAGGCCGAGGGAACAAUGGCAGGUGCCGCCGCGCUCGGUCGCAUGCUCGCUUUCUUACCGGAGAGGCGUCACGCGCUCGCCGCUCGCUGCCAACUGGACGCAAAGGGGAGACGCUCGCCUGCCGCUUUAUUAGGCACACACACACGCUGUUGCGCUUAACCUCUUUGGACCCGCAAGGAAACGAGACAUAAAUCCAAAAGAAAAACAAGAUACAUCAAUGCAAAUAACUACUUCUAGAGAUACAAAAGAAGAUGAAAAUUGAUCAUGUCGCCAAAGUGUAUGCUCACAACUUACCUUCAUUAAACAUUACAAAUAUGGAGCAACAGUGAAAAUGAUCAUACAGUCGUACAAAACCUUUUUCAACACGAGAUUUGUUUUACUGAAUCUUUUUUUUCUUCUUACCUGAACAGCGGGAAAAAGUAUGCACGUAUGAUAACAAUAAAAAGAUUUUGAGGAAAGGAUUGGGGCCAGACCAUAGAAAUGUGUGUGUGUAUAUGUAUAUAUAUAUAUAUAUAUAUAUAUAUACACACACACACACACACACACACACACACACACAUAUACAUAAUCAAGAAAAGAAUGAAGGUUUCAUGUCCAGAAGCAGGGAAGCACUUGAUCACACUUUAUUGUGCGUACGAUGACAAGAAACACACUUUUGUUUUAUUACUGUCAUGAUAGCAACUUAUUCCACGUUGGCAAUCAUAAACUCCGCUACAAGGAAUAAUACGCAAUAAAACAAAAAAAACCAAACAUGCAGAACCCGACAGGACGCGUUCCUCCUGAAUUUUGAUGGCAGGCGUCCAACUUUUGUGAGUUUGCAACGCCGUGUGUCUGUAAUUGACAUUUUGGGAAAUCCACUUCCUGCCUGGAAGCGCGAUCAAAGCUAAUCAACGCAAGAGCUGCGUUUGGCUCCUUUUAUUGCAGCGAGACGCACCGAAUCCUGCUCAGGACCCUCCCAAAAACGAUGUCGAGCUCAUGUACUUCCUUUAACCCCCCCCCCAGCUAAUCUACCCUUGCAGAUCUAUUCCCAGAUGUCUUUGCCCUCAUUUUUGCGCAAUAUUGUGAUGAUCUUAUUUUUAUUUUUUCCUCCACAGGACACAACCAGCAGGAAAAAUGCCAAAAAGCUUAUUUACUGUGCAGCGGUACCUCAACUUACAAGUGACGGCACUUUUAAUAGUAGCCAUCCAUUUUCAUCGCCGCUUAUCCUCACAAGGGUCGGUCGCAGGGAGUGCUGGAGCCAAUCCCAGCUGUCAGUGGGCAGGAGGCGGGGUUACACCCUGAACUGGUCGCCAGCCAAUCGCAGGGCACAUGCAGACAAACGGCCGCACUCACAACCACACCUAGGGGCAAUUUAGAGUCUCCAAUUAAUGUUGCAUGUUUUGGGGGAUCCGGGAGGAAAGCGGAAUGCCCAUGGAGGAACGGGGAGAACGUGCAAACUCCACACAGGCGGGGCCGGGAUCGAACCCGGGUCUUCAAAGCUGUGAGGCCAACGCUUUACCAGCUGAUCCGACGUGCCGCCCCUUUUAGUAGUAGUUUGUUUUUGUUGGUUUUUUUUUUUUUUUUAAACAAGCCACAAACUCGGAAUCUUUACGCAUCUUGCCAAACAUCUGGAAAUAAUUUUGUUUUUGUUUUUUCCACCUCUUUUAAACUGAUGUGAGGAGUCUUUUUCUUGUCUCUUUUCUUUUUUUUUUUUUUUUUUUUAACAAGCCACAAACUCGGAAUCUUUACGCAUCUUGCCAAAAGUGCUCUGCAACAUCUGGAAAUAAUUUUGUUUUUGUUUUUUCCGCCUCUUUUAAACUGAUGUGAGGAGUCUUUUUCAUUUCUUUUUUUUUUUU